UCUCCGGGACUCAGUUUCAGGCUCUCUAAGGGAGGCGAAAGAGCUGUGUGCAACAGAUUCUUUCUCAGCUGCUCUGGAUCCAGCCCUGACUGCACCAGACUUCUCCCCUCCCUGUCUGUUCUCCCCAGUCCCUCUCUUCCGCAGGCCGUUGCUUGCACAGAGGCAGCGGGGGUCGUCUGGGACGCCCUCUCCGAGCUAGUGAGGAUUUUCCGGGGAUGCCAGCCACUCUUCCGACGUUUCCUUUGGGGGGGAGAUCCGAGCGAGUUUCUUCCACCUGGAUGGUUGUAGCCGGUUGAUUGACACCGUGGGAGAGAUGUAACAAGAAGGCAGUGUAUGGAGCAGCAAGUUUAAUGGUUUAGAAAUGCGGUCCCAAGCCUUUGCUGUACUUUUUAUCCUUGUGGCUCUCUGGACCCAUCACCCAAGCUGAAGCUUCAGACUUUUCAUCUGCAAAAAAAAUGUCACGGAGCACCCAGUAGACAUGAUGAACAUCAAAGCCUUCACCUUGGUCUCUGCAGUGGAGCGGGAGCUGCUGACAGGUGACAAAGAGCACAUCAGCAUUGAGUGUGUGGAGUGCUGUGGCAGGAAUCUCUAUGUCGGCACCAAUGACUGCUUCAUUUACCAUUUCCUGCUGGAGGAGAAGGCCAUGCCUACAGGGACAGCCUCCUUCAUUGCCACCAAACAACUGCACAGACACUUGGGCUUCAAGAAGCCUGUGAACGAGUUGUGUGCAGCCUCAGCUCUCAAUAGGCUGCUGGUGCUCUGUGACAACUCCAUAACCCUGGUUAACAUGCUGAACCUGGAGCCAGUCCCCUCAGGAGCCCGCAUCAAAGGGGCUACAACAUUUGCAGUGAACGAAAACCCUGUGAAUGGAGACCCUUUCUGCGUGGAAGUGUGCAUCAUCUCGGUGAAGCGCAGGACCGUCCAAAUGUUUCUGGUGUAUGAGGACCGAGUACAGAUUGUCAAGGAAGUGUCCACUCCAGAGCAGCCUCUUGCCGUGGCUGUGGAUGGCUACUUCUUGUGCCUGGCCCUGACCACACAAUACAUCAUCCUGAACUACAGCACGGGCCUUUCCCAGGACCUGUUUCCCUACUGCAGCGAGGAGAAGCCACCCAUUGUCAAAAGGAUAGGCAGACAGGAGUUCCUGCUGGCUGGCCCAGGAGGCCUGGGCAUGUUUGCCACCGUGGCUGGGAUUUCCCAGCGUGCUCCUGUGCACUGGUCGGAGAAUGUGAUUGGGGCGGCUGUGUGCUUCCCCUAUGUCAUAGCGCUCGAUGACGAAUUCAUCACGGUUCACAGCAUGCUGGAUCAGCAGCAGAAACAGACCCUGCCCUUUAAGGAAGGCCACAUCCUGCAGGACUUUGAAGGAAGAGUGAUUGUUGCCACAAGUAAAGGAGUUUACAUCUUGGUUCCAUUACCUCUGGAAAAACAAAUACAGGAUCUCUUAGCAAGCCGGAGAGUGGAGGAGGCUUUGGUUUUAGCAAAAGGAGCCCGGAGGAACAUUCCAAAAGAGAAAUUUCAGGUAAUGUACAGGAGGAUUCUGCAGCAGGCAGGCUUUAUACAGUUUGCACAACUCCAGUUCCUGGAAGCCAAGGAGCUCUUCAGAAGCAGCCAGCUGGAUGUCCGGGAGCUGAUCUCUCUCUACCCCUUCCUGUUGCCCACCUCCUCUUCCUUCACCCGGUCUCACCCUCCUCUUCAUGAGUAUGCAGACCUGAACCAGCUGACCCAAGGCGACCAGGAGAAGAUGGCCAAGUGCAAGCGCUUCCUCAUGAGCUACCUGAAUGAAGUCCGCUGCACAGAGGUAGCAAAUGGCUACAAGGAAGACAUAGACACGGCCCUGCUCAAGCUGUAUGCAGAGGCUGACCACGACAGCCUCCUGGACCUCUUGGUCACUGAGAACUUCUGCCUGCUGACGGACAGUGCGGCCUGGCUGGAGAAGCACAAAAAGUACUUUGCCCUGGGACUGCUGUAUCAUUACAAUAAACAAGACGCCUCUGCUGUCCAGUUAUGGGUGAACAUUGUGAAUGGGGACAUCCAGGAUUCCACACGCUCAGACCUGUAUGAAUACAUCGUUGAUUUUCUUACUUACUGCUUAGACCAAGAGCUGGUGUGGACCCAUGCUGAUUGGCUGUUGCAGAAAAGUGAGGAGAUUGGAGUUCAAGUUUUCACCAAGAGACCUUUGGACGAGCAGCAGCAGACUCGUUUUAAUCCGGAUGACAUUAUUGGUUGCCUUAAGAAAUACCCUAAAGCCCUGGUUAAAUAUCUGGAGCAUCUUGUUAUCGACAGGAGACUGCAGAAACAAGAGUACCACACCCACCUGGCCAUCCUCUACCUGGAAGAAGUCCUGCGGCAGAGGGUAGCCACUGGCCACAAGGAUGUAGAAGCCACUGAGACUCAGGUCAAACUCCGGAGGCUGCUCCAGAAGUCUGACUCUUACCACAUCCACUUGUUGAAAGAGAAGAUCCAGGGUGCCGGCCUGCCCAUGGAAAGCGCCAUCCUCCACGGGAAGCUGGGCGAGCACGAGAAGGCCCUGCACAUCCUGGUGCAUGAGAUGGGGGACUUCUCUGCCGCUGAAGACUACUGCCUGUGGGGCUCCGAGGGUCAGGACGCAGCCUGCCGUCAGCGCCUCUUCCACACACUGCUUGCCAUGUACCUCCGCGCAGGCCCCUCUGCCCAUGAGCUGACGGUGGCUGCCGUGGACUUGCUGAACCACCACGCCAGGGAGUUUGACGCCACCCAGGUCCUCCAGCUGCUGCCUGACUCCUGGUCGGUGCAGCUUCUCUGCCCGUUCCUCACGGGGGCUAUGAGGGACAGCAUCCAUGCCAGGAGGACCACACAGGUGGCUCUUGGCCUGGCCAGAUCAGAAAACCUGAUUUACACGUAUGAUAAGAUGAAGCUGAAGGGAAGCGCAGUCCGGCUCUCAGAGAAAAAACUUUGCCAGCUCUGCCAGAACCCUUUCGGUGAGCCUGUGUUUGUCAGAUACCCAAACGGAGGGCUCGUGCACACCCACUGUGCUGCCAGCAGACACACGACCCCCAGCACACCCAGCCCUGGUACUCGGACUUGAAAAGCAUGGUUCCAGGCUGCAAAGGGGAUUCUGAGCUCUUUUCCAACCUGCUUUGUGCCAGCCAGAACAAAGGGAAGGCACCCAGGUGCCAGGGAAAUGCCAUCCCUGUGAAAUGAGGGCUCCUAACCACUGAUUGUUCUUUGUGUGAAUGUAAAUGGAAAAGGCCUGAAACCCUGAGAAUUGUGACAGGCCAGAGACUACCCGUCCAGGAGGUUACAGUCAUCCAAAGCACAAGCCAACUUUGAAAAGCAGGCAGUGUAGCCUGGGUGAUCUGGACACAGGUGGGGUCUGGAGAUGAGGUCCACCUAGCUCAGGUGAGUGUCCAGGAUGCAGAGUCCUGAGGUGGGCACCUCGCCUUAUGAGGAGGUGUGCUCUUCACGUAGGCUCCGCAUCUGCCCCUAAGGUGGACAUAGUUUCUGUUCUUCCCAUCCACUUGUCAACCUCAGAACCCCUCUGUCUUGUUGACUUAAACACUCACUUGUGUGAA